UAUGCCUCCUCCCCCUACUUCGCAUAGUUCCAAACCGUACAAAGUCUGGAAGAAGAACUCACAGUCCCUUUUUGAUUUUCUUUUCAACAAAAUACAAUUUUGGAAGAUCAAUUUCGGAAGAUCAAUACUUCGUUUUGCAUUGGUUGCAUUUUCAGUUCCAGAUCGUUGUUCUACUCAUGUGAGACACGUUUAUUUUACCUUUGUUUCUACUCUUCACUUAUUUUCUGCAUUCCUUUCAUCCCCGGUAACGGCGGAUGCCCCCCUUCUUCUCACGUCAGAGUGCGACGGUUCCCCCUCAGAAUAUCAAGGAAUUGGUGAGACUUACAGCGGUCUGUAGACAGCAACGGUUUUCACAUAGAAAGAGACUGACGCUGACAGAGUUGCCUUUAAAGACUGUUGCUCCUCAGCAUUUUAACGUUCGCCAUGAACUUUUUGCCGUUAUCAUCUUCAAAUCAUUCCUUACAGUAUACUUCUCGAGAUCAUGAGAUUAAUUCAAUAUGUCACGCUGCUCUUUGUCUUGUGUUUUUUCUCUUUGAUAAACUAUAGGCUCUUCUAUUCUCAUUUACUCAUACCCAAAUUGUCCUUUGUGUGUGGAAGAGGACACGCUCUCCCCACGAUGACCAAUGAGACCCCAGCUGACCUCUACAUCUUCACCACUGACCUCCUGCCCCUUGACCCUCGCUUCCUUCCUCCGCUGGCCAAUGGGCUGCUGGGUUGGAGGGUGUACGAUGACAUCAUGCACAUGGGCGGAGUCUAUAACGGCGAGGGCGGGGACUGUCACCGUGCCAAUCUCCCCUGUCCUCUGGCUGUGAGGAUGGAGAUAGAGGAGGAGGAGAAGGCAGGGCAUCUGCAACACUCCUACAGCCUAGAUACACACACAGGUAUAUUCACCCACUCUCUGAGGACAGCUAGUGUUAUUGCCUCCCAGUCUCUCUAUGCCCAUCGACACCAUCCCAACCUCUUGGUCAUGGAGGUCCUGCUGGUUCGUCAGGGCACCUCCCAGGAGCCAAUCACAGUCAAGCUGGACAGUACGUUCACACCUCAAAGCGAUGACAUAGUGUUCCAUUCUGAACCGGACUACAAAGGAGGCAGUUACAUCCAGGGCCAGACCACCAUGGCUGAGGUCCCUGGUGGGGUCUGCCCCAGCGUCCACAUCAUCUGGACCCCCAUCACCCCCUCCCUCACCCUGCUGCCCGACCAGGCCCAGUCCCGCUGGGGGUUCGUGGUGGCGGUGGCGGGCAGUCAGGACAGCGCGCAGGCUCACUACGACACAGGUCUGGAGCUGAUGGCCAAUGGGAACCUUCGUCCCUCGCACCUCCGGGCGUGGGAGGAGCUGUGGGCGGGCAGCACGCUGGAGCUGACUGGUCCAGACGACCUGAGUAGGGCUCUGAUUGGCUGCAUGUUCUACCUGCUCAGUGCCUUCCCUUCGUUGCACGAGGCGCCCGGUCAUUUCGGUGGGGUCAGUCCUGGGGGGCUGUCUAACGGGGGGUCAGGGCAAGACUACUGGGGGCACGUGUUCUGGGACCAGGACACCUGGAUGUACCCCAGUAUCGGUCUCUUUUAUCCUCAGUUAGCCCGGGCCGUGCUAGAGUACCGGGUGAGGACAGUGGAUGGUGCUAAGGACAAUGCUGAGAAGCAGGGUUACAAGGGACUAAAGUUUCCGUGGGAGAGUGCUGUGUCAGGGAGAGAGGUGUGUCCUGAAGAUAUAUACGGACAACAAGAGAUCCACAUCAACGGAGACGUUACUCUGGCCUUCCAACACUACCUCUACCUCACACAGGACCUGUCUAUGUUCACAGAGGGGCGUGGCAGCGAAGUGAUUUGGGGCGUGGCUGAUUACUGGGUUUCCAGGGUAACCUGGAGCGCUGAAGAACAGAACUACCACAUCUUAGGUGUCAUGCCGCCCGAUGAGUAUUACUACAACGUCAACAACUCAGUGUACACAAACACUGUGGCCAAAUUCAGUCUUGAGUUUGCUGUGGAGUUGGCUGCCCUCCUGAAGUACCCUGCCCCGCGGGAGUGGCAGCAGGUAGCAGAGAAGAUCAAAAUCCCCUUCGACCAGAAGCAGAAAUACCAUCCUGAAUAUGACGGCUACAAAAAAGGACAAUUUGUGAAGCAGGCUGACACAGUGAUGCUAGGAUAUCCCCUGGGUCUCCCUAUGACCCCUGAGGUCAGGAGAAAUGACCUGGAGUUCUACGAGGCUGUUACAGACCCCGGUGGACCAGCUAUGACUUGGGGCAUGUUUGCAGUGGGCUGGCUGGAGCUGGGGGAGGUAGAGAAGGCGAGGAAUCUACUCCAGAAGUGUUUCAAAAACAUCCAGGGACCAUUCCAGGUAUGGAGUGAAUCAUCUGAUGGUUCUGGGGCGGUGAACUUUCUCACUGGUAUGGGAGGAUUCCUGCAGGCUGUUCUAUUUGGUUACACUGGAUUCAGAGUACAGAAGGAUUGUCUGGCCUUCGCCCCUCUCAUCCCUGAUGACAUCACUCAGCUGUGUAUCCGGGGUGUCAGUUACCUGGGCAACAAGAUGGACUGGCUGGUGAGGGGACAGGAAGUUUACAUCAUACUGAGAGAGGAAGCAAAGCAUGCUGGGAACACCGAACCCUGCGCUCUGCAGGUGGUCCUCAAGAACUCCGGGACCAAGAUCCCUCUUAUAGCAGGAAAACCAGUGACUUUCCCACGGGAGUCCGGAACCAUCUGUAAAGUGGAUGGUGCCCUAUCCUGCUGGCCCAUGUGAGGACCAUCCCUGUCAAACCCUAUUGCCUUCUAUCAACAGUGCCUUCAGAAAGUAUUCACACCCCUUGACUUUUACCACAUUUUGUUGUGUUACAAAGUGGGAUUAAAAUGGAUUGAAUUGUCUUUCUUUUUUUUUAAGUAAACGAUCUACACAAAAUACUCAC